AUGGGUGUUUUUGUGCGUCGCGACAACAUCAAUCUCAUCACGAAUCAUCGACGAUCAAUGGGACAGCGGCAAGCAAAGCAACACAUGCAGGCUGGCGUCAAACUCUAUCAUCAACGACAUUACGCACAGGCUAUCAACAAAUGGAGACAGUCUUUGAACAGGUUGAACAAUGCAGAAGAUCGUUUCAUUACUCUUGGAUAUCUUGCACAAGCCCUCUGCGACCAGGGAGAAUACGAAGGAAUGCUUUCAUAUGCUUUAUCACAAAUGCAGUUGGCAACAGACCAAAACGAUUCAGCAAUGAAAUGCGAGGCUUUUCUAAAUUUGGCCAAAGCAUACGAAAGAUUGGCUGACUUCACAAAAGCACUUCAGUAUGGUAAAGCGUCGUUAGAACAUCCUUCGAUGGAUCCGAGAACACCUGGAUAUGCACAUUUGACAAUAGCACUUGCACACUUAGGAAUGUCACAAUUUCAACAAUGUCUGGAAAGUUUUGAAUCGGCGAUGAAUGUUGCGAAUGAGACUUCCGAUCGAUUAUUAGAAUUACAAAUUUGUGUUGGAUUAGGAUCACUUUUUACGCUUUUGAGGGACAUCACAAAAGCAUUAAUAUUCCUGCGAAAUGCUCUUGCAAUUGUGCAAUCGGUUACUGUAGAUGAUGUUCAUGCAAAAUAUCGAUGCCUGAUACUGUAUCAUUUAUCAGUUGCAUUACGGAUGAAAGGAAGUCUUGUUGACGCAAAAGAAGCUUGUGAUGAAGCUUCACAGCUGGCAGUGGAAAUGGGAAAUCGAGCGAUUCAUGCAAGGUGCAUGUGCAGUUUAGCUGAUAUCUAUAGGGAACUAGGAGAGAGUGAAGCAAAGGAAACUAUCACGAAAUCAUGGGCGAGAUAUGAAGAUGCUUAUCGAGUAAUGAGAGGAGCUAAUGAUAAGAUGGGAGAGGUGUUAGUACUUUCUUCUAUGGCAAAAAGUGCAUCGGAAAGUCGAUCUCAUUACACUGGUCAAUGUGAAUGUCAAGCGAUUCAACUGAACAAGAAAUGUAUUGAAAUUGCGAAUCAAAUAGGUUGCAAGCAUGUUGUUUUGAAAUGUCAUCUUCGACUCGCAGAACUUUAUUCUCAGUUGAAUGAUGAUGAUUCUGAAGAAACAGCAAGAAGAGCGGCAUCUCGUUUAACUCAGGAAAUGCAACUGUUCUGUAAUUUCUGUGGUCAGAGAUAUGGAUUGAAAGAUGAAAGUCUCCAAGCUCUCAGAUGUUCACAUAUUUUUCAUGAAAAAUGUCUACACACAUAUUUACUGCAGAGGACAGAUCAAAACUGUCCGAAGUGUAGAUGUCGUGCAGUGUUGUCUGAUAAUAUUUCAAUACGAAGUUCUAUUGCAUCGACUGCGGAUGUACAGAGUCCCAGCACCUCAUUUGCUCCACCAGGAGGCGUUGCUACUCCUCUUGUCUCGGCAGCAGCUGAACUUGGUGAUAUAACUCCACAAGCCACCCUGACUCGCCGUCCGCAACAAGAUAAAAUACUCCGAGGUGCUGAGAAAGAUAUUGAUCGAGUUGAUCGAAGUCUGGCCAGAUUGAAGUCACAACAAACAACGGCCAAUUCGUGUGCUGCAAUAGCAGUUCCUUCUCCAGAAGUCCCUUCAACGACAACGUCUGGAGCAUCAGAACCAGUUGCAUCAACAUCGAAUUCACUGCCUUUAAAUCAGACAACUGCAAACCACAAACCGCCUCCGCCUCCAAGGAAACCUUGCUGUUCACAAGCUGCUCUUCCCCCAUCAUCAAUAGUUGCCCUUCCACCUGCAAUGCCAUUAGAAGAAGGCGGACCUCUGGUGAUAACACAUACACCUACAGUAACAGAUGUAUGA